AUGGAAACGGAACUGCCUCUGCCGUUCCUCGUCAGCGUCGCCAUCCCGCCCGGGCUCGCCAACCUUGAGGGCCUCAGCCGCGAAGAGGUGUCCAUUUUGGGCAAUCCUUUCAUUGAGGCAUCUUCCCAGAUCCAGGAGAAGCUCGCCCGCUUCUUCAGCCGCCAUAACUAUGAGUUCCACGCCCACGUCGACGCUUCCCGUCUGGAAUCGCAAGAGGAUGUCAUCGCGCUCCUGAAUAGGGGUGCGAGGAAGGUCUUCGUUGCACCAGAGUCGCUGUCUGCCUACGGUGACUUCGGAACCAGGGUCUUGCCCGUCGUCUCCAAGCCAGACGUGACUGCGGCCUCGAAAGGUGGUCUGCUGAUCAAGGACUUUGACCCUACCGCUGCCGGCUCGGACAAGUUCUCAGAGCAGGCUCGAUCGGCCAAGAUCAGGAACCUGUUCCUCAAGCCAGUUGCCGGAACCAACUUGGAGGCCUUUGUCGAGUUCGCGCGGAAGAGCAACGCCAUCCCCAUCCUCCCCUCCACGGGACUCACCACGGACAAGUCCGAUUCGAGCAGGAUGCUUCUGUCCAAACUCAUCACGACAUACUGGACGUCGGACCGCCAGGAUGGACUGGUUCCUACUGUUGUCACCGACGAGGCAGGCAUCGCCUUGGGCCUCGCCUACUCCGGCGAGGCGAGCAUUCUGGAGGCCCUGAGGACGCAGAAGGGUGUCUACCAAAGCCGCAAGAGGGGUUUGUGGGUCAAGGGAGCCAGCUCGGGGGACACCCAAGAGCUCGUUCGCCUGUCCUUGGAUUGCGACUCGGACACUCUUAAAUUUGUCGUCAAGCAGACGGGCCGCUUCUGUCACUUGGAGCAGUUCGGGUGCUUCGGAGACAUGAAGGGCAUCUCGGCCCUCGCGCAAACCUUGAAGUCGAGAAAGCAAUCCGCGCCUGAAGGUUCCUACACAGCCAGGCUAUUCUCUGACGAAAAGCUCCUGCGGGCCAAGAUAAUGGAGGAGGCCGAGGAGCUGUGCGACGCAAAAUCACCCGAGGAUGUUGCCUUUGAGGCCGCCGAUCUGAUCUAUUUCGCCCUGACCAAAGCCAUCGGCUCCGGCGUCACCUUGGCUGAUAUCGAGGCCAACCUGGAUGCGAAGAGCCUCAAGGUCACUCGGAGAACCGGCAAUGCCAAGGGAAAGUGGGCGGAAAAGGAGGGUAUCAAAACCGACGCGGCGCCUGCUACGCCUGCACCUGAGGCGAAGCCUUCGAAUGGUCGCAUCCAGAUGGAGAGGAUCGACUCGACCAAGGUCUCCGAGGCUCAGCUCCUCGAGAAGCUGAAGCGGCCAUCGCAAAAGUCGCCCGAUGCCAUCCUCAAGAUUGUCACUCCCAUCAUUGACGAGGUGCGCAAGGGCGGCGACAAGGCUGUGUUGUCGUAUACCCACAAGUUCGAAAAGGCUACCUCUCUCAGCUCCCCUGUUCUCAAGGCGCCAUUCCCCAAGGAGCUCAUGAAACUGGAUGCCGAGACAAUCAAGGCCAUCGACACCUCGUUCGAGAACAUCAAAAAGUUUCACUCUGCCCAGAAGGAGGACAAGCCUCUCUCGGUGGAAACGAUGCCCGGUGUGGUCUGCGGCCGCUUCUCGAGGCCCAUCGAGCGAGUUGGCCUGUACGUACCUGGCGGUACGGCGGUGCUGCCCAGUACCGCUCUGAUGCUGGGUGUGCCGGCCAUGGUUGCCGGCUGCGAGAAGAUCGUAUUGGCGUCACCUCCUAGGGCUGACGGUAGCAUCACCCCCGAGAUCGUGUACGUGGCCCACAAGGUCGGUGCCGAGAGCAUUGUGCUUGCCGGCGGUGCCCAGGCAGUGGCUGCCAUGGCCUACGGCACGGAGAGUGUGACCAAGGUCGACAAAAUCCUCGGCCCCGGAAACCAGUUCGUCACGGCUGCCAAGAUGCACGUCAGCAAUGACACCAAUGCCGGUGUGGGCAUCGACAUGCCCGCCGGUCCCUCUGAAGUUCUCGUCAUUGCCGACAAGCACGCCAACCCGGCCUUUGUCGCCUCCGACCUGCUCUCCCAGGCCGAGCACGGCGUCGACAGCCAGGUCAUUCUGAUCGCCGUGGACCUGACCGAGGACCAGCUCAAGGCCAUCGAUGACGAAGUCCACAACCAGGCCAUGGCCUUGCCAAGGGUGGAAAUCGUUCGCGGCUCCAUCGCUCACUCCGUCACAGUCCUGGCCAAGACCAUCGACGAGGCGAUGCGUAUCAGCAACGAGUAUGCCCCCGAGCAUCUCAUCCUCCAGAUCAACGACGCCCCCAAGGCAGUCGACAAGGUGAUGAACGCUGGAAGUGUCUUCAUUGGCGAGUGGACUCCCGAGAGUGUCGGAGACUACUCGGCCGGCGUGAACCACUCACUGCCGACGUACGGCUUCGCUAAGCAGUACUCUGGCGUCAACCUCGGAUCAUUCAUGAAGCACAUCACUUGCUCAAACCUCACUGCCGAGGGCCUGCAGAAUGUCGGUUCCGCCGUCAUGCAGCUCGCCAAGGUGGAGGAGCUGGAGGCGCACAGAAGGGCGGUGGAGAUUCGCAUCAAGUGCAUUAACGAGAAGCAGCGUACCUAG